AUGAAAUUCACCGUCAACCCGCAUCACUUUCACUUUCCAUGGUGUCUGUUCAGGCUCCUGAAUCUGUAGUUGAUUCGUUGCCAUGUAAGAGCUACAAAAAGCUUGAGACACCCCAAUGCAGUGAUGAUAUGGAACAGUGCCAUAUCUGCCUAACCGAAUAUGAGGACGGAGACCAGAUAAGAACCCUUCCGUGCAAGCACGAGUUCCACCUGCAAUGCGUUGACAAGUGGCUGAAAGAAAUACACAGGGUGUGCCCUCUGUGCCGUGGAGACGUCUGCGAAGUCGCCUCGUGAAGACCUUGGCGCUGCAUCCUUCCGUUGCAGCACCGGUGGAUAGGGCACCACCGCCAGGCGCCAGCUGUUCCGUGGUUGAAGCUGGUUCGGUCAGGCAAUGGUGAUC